AUGCCGGCACGCGACGACCGGUCCGCAGAGCGCGUGCGCUCACACGCUGCGGACGGCGUCGACCACGGCCUCGCGCUCGCGUCUGGCUUCGCUCCCAGCGCUGUCCGCCGGCUCCUGCGCCAGCUCGACGUGCACGGCCGGCGGGCGGUCAACGCGGCCGAGUUCCGACGGCUCGGCUGCCUGCUGGGCGAGGAAUGGGACGACGAAGACGCGGCCGCCAACUUCGCCGCCGCGCCACCGUCGCGUCCGGGUCUGGUCGACUACGGCGGGCUCUAUCGCUGGCUGGCGAGGCACUCGCGCUGCGACCUGGCCGGCGACCCUGCGGCGCUGCGGCGGCGGGCGGGCCCGCGGGAGGACGUGGUCGGCAGGCACCUCGCCGCCAUCUCGGACACUCAGUGGGCCCUGCUCGAGCGCCUCGACCUCGACUGCCGCCACCGCAGCGACGUGAUCGCCCCGGAGCGACCCGCGUCGCUCGCGUCGCACCUCGUCUCUGUGCGCACGAUUCUGAGCGAGUGGGGCGCCGGCGAGGCCGUCUGCGCCGCCGGGCUCUUUCACUCCGUCUACGAGACCGUCGAGCGGCUGGUCUAUCUCUUCCAGCCGGCCAACGCGUGCCGCGUCGAGACGGCGCGGGGGGACGGGCUGUGGGAUGCGCCCGCAGACGCGGGUUCUUUUUUUCUGCCCGGGGUGCUGCAGGGCCAGCCGGCGCGCGUGGAGGUGCCCGCCGAGCUGCGGCUGCCGCUGCUGCUCCUCUACUGGGCGAACGACCUCGACCAGGCCACGCCGCGCGAGCUCGAGUGCGGCGCCGAGUACGCGGCCGGCGUGCUGCGGCAGAGCCGGACGGUGCUGCCGCUGCUGGCCGCGUCGGGGGCGGGAGAGUGGGUGGCCUCGCUCUCGCAGGUGGUGGAGCGGGCGGACGCGGGGCACUGGGAGAAAUACGUGAAACUCGCGCGGGGGGGGACGAGGGUGUAA